AUGCUCCGCAUCAAAUCUGACGCAUCAACACGCGAACAAAAAUAUGUGGCAUUAAAAUCAGUUGCAAUCGUUUCAAAAAUUCGUUCAUUUGGUGCCGAUGUUAGUAUUACACAACUAUUUCGAAACGAUGAAAAUCAACCAAUCGAAGCUGUAUACUGUUUUCCAAUCGAAGAAAAUGCUGCAAUUUAUUCGUUUGUAGCAAAAAUCGAUGAUCGAGAAAUUCGAGCUCAAUUGAAAGAAAAAAUUGAAGCACAACAAGAAUAUACACAAGCUUUGCAACAAGGUCAUGGUGCUUAUCUUAUGGAACAAGACGAAAAAUCACAAGACAUAUUCAUUAUUAAUGUAGGAGCACUUCUUCCCGGAAAAGAAUGUCAAAUUCAAAUUAUGUACGUGACUGAAUUGGAUCUUGUUAGUCAAAAUAAAAUUCGUUUCGUUGUACCAACAACAAUAGCACCACGAUACAAUCCAUCAGUCGGUGGUAUUUCAUCUCCUGCUGGUACGCAAGCAAAGUAUGUUCAAUCGGCACCGUACGCAAUCGAUUUUGAAUGUCAAAUUGAUAAACUACAUGGAGAAAUAACGAGUGUUUCAUCAUCAUCACAUCCAAUAGCAAUUAAAUUUGAUGACAAUAAAUAUGAAAUAACAUUUGGUCAAAAAAAUACAUUCAUGGAUCGAGACAUUAUUCUAGAUAUUGAACUAUCAACUCGAACAAAUACAAUUUUAGCUAUUGAAAACAAUGAUGAACAUCAAUGGGCCUUAAUGGCAUCGUUUACACCAACGAAUGAAGACUGUAGAAAAGCAUUUAAUACUAGCAAAAAUAUCGACGAUGUUAAUAAUGAAUUUAUUUUUAUUGUCGACUGUAGUGGUUCGAUGCAAGAUGAAAAUAAAAUUGGUCUGGCUCGUCAAGCUAUGGUUUUGUUUCUCAAGAGUUUACCAGUCAACUGUCACUUUAAUAUUAUUCGAUUUGGAUCUGAUUAUAGAACAUUGUUUAAUAAUGUGACAGAAAAAUACAACGAACAAAAUGUAAAACAAGCCGAACAACUGAUUUCACAAAUGUCAGCUGACCUGGGUGGAACUGAACUAUUGAGACCAUUGCAAUGGUUACAAAACCAGGCGCCUGCUGCUGGUCAUUCCAGACAAAUAUUACUAUUGACCGAUGGAGAAAUAUCCAAUGUUACCCAAGUAAUGGAUCUUUGUCGAUCAAUGUCAACAUCAUCAAGAAUCUUUUCGUUCGGUCUUGGUCAUUCUCCAAGUCGAUCGUUAAUUAAAGGUCUUGCUCGUUCAACGAAUGGUCGCUUCACAUUUAUUCCUCCAGGAACAAGUGUCGAUAUUCAUGUUGCUGAACAACUGCAGAAAGCUCUCGAACCAUGCAUUACCAAUGUUAAAAUUAAAUGGAAUAUUCCAUCAUUAGCAUCAGUCAAACUUCAAACUAUUCCAACAGUUGUUCCACCUGUUUAUGCUAAUGAUCGUCUUUUGUUUUAUGCACUGAUCGAAAGUGAUCAAUUCGAUCAUUCCACAACUGUCGAACUCUGGAAUCAUGAAGAAACAAUUCAACUUGGACUAGCGAGAAUCGAUCGUGUACCAGAGAUCACAGACAGAGAUAAUCAAUUAAUAGUCCAUCUGGCAGCUAAGGCUCUAAUUCAAGAAAUUACACAUUCGAAGGAACAACAUGCAGGAUCUCAACAAAUCAGACUUCAACAGAAUAUAGAAGAUGAUAGAAAAAAGAGAGCAAUCGCUACUUCAUUAAAGUAUAAUAUUCUCUGCCCGUACACAGCCUUUAUUGGUAUUGAAACACGUACAGAUCCAUCAGUCAAAAAUGCCAAUUCCAACAUGGUAUUAAGAGAAAUUCCAAUCGAAAUAUCAGCGGAUGAUAAAGUCAUGGCCGGAUUACCACCUGUACUUGGUGGAUUCGGAUCUUCAUUAAAUUCUAACUUAAUCUAUAAUAGUUCAAUGUUUUUUUGUCAACAACAACCAAUGUCUUACAGCUGUUCUAGUACAUUAUCACAACAGUCGACACCAGGAUUUUCUUUUAGUGCACAUUCCAAUUAUCAACAACCUUUUCAAUCAUCCUUCUCAGCUACACAACAGCCACCACCAACAUUUUAUUCUUCUGCAUCUCACAAUAAACGACGAUAUGCUCAAUCGUCUUCCGUACAUCAUGAUCAACAGCAGCAGCAGAAGCAGAAGCAGCAGCAGCAACCAUCAACACCAACAUUUGUUUGUGGUGCAUCUCCACAACAAUCAUCAUUAUUUGGUUCUACUUCAUCAUAUAGUCCAUUACUAACUAACAACUACGUUAGCGUCUCUUCUCUAGCUCCACACAUUAGAGGAGUAAGUCCUUUAUCUUCAUCUUCAAUGACUGAACAAAAAACAUGGCCAUCCAAUGAUCAAGAUAUUGUUCGUCACUUGAUCAAUUUACAAAAAUUUGAUGGACUUUGGAAUUUAAGCAAUGAUGAUAUUCAAAAUCUUUCUCAGAAGUCACUAACAUCUUUUCAUUCGAUUCUCAGUAACGAUUCGACUAUUCUAACAACUGCCAUUGUCAUAAUUAUCUUGGAAACUAAGUAUAGCGCCUUCAAAACCAUGUGGUUAUUUAUGGUAAAUAAAGGAAGAAAACGUUUAAUUGAAUUACUGGGUGACGCAGAAAAAUUUGAAACCUUAAUCAAUGAUAUCAAACAUCAAUUGUAA